UCUCUUGGGGAAUAUUCCCCAACUGGGGAAUUCCAAGUCAUAGGGUAUGAUUAUUACAGGGCUUGAUCUUGAUUCCUAGGCCAGAUUGCCUUCCAGAAAGAAUGCUCCUGACAGCACUGCCAGGAGCCAGGAAUGAGUGGAAUUGUUUUUCUUCAAACCCUAUCAGUGUUGGGUUUAUCUUUAUCGUCUCUGUCCCCUUCUUCCUACUCCCUAACCCCAGGUUAAAGUUCGUGAAGUGGUGCCUCAUAAUUGUCCUAAAUUACCUUCCUGUGAUUGGAAAAGUUCUGUCCUGGAAAAACGGUGUUUUUUCCAGCCUGUUGCACAAGAGCCCUCUGAAAUUCCCUCUACUUUCUGUUUCCUAAGUUUGUCUGACGGGGAUAUUCCCAAGUCGCUGUUCCAGAGACACCCAGUAGGAUCUCAGUCAUAAUGCCCAGAAUUUAAAGUUUGUCAGAUAGGAUUUAACCUCACUCAAGACUGGAUGAGUUUCCGACAAGUUGUGUGUAACCUGAUUUCUUGGUCAAUUUAAUUGUAUUUGAGAUGCACAUUAUUCAAGGGUAAAUUGAGGCUAAGCAGCACCCCUGAACUGGGGAUUAUAGCCAUGAUUUGGGAGAGCUAAGUGGGGUUUAUCUUCCUAUAAAGCAGGGAAUUACAGAGAUAAGAUUUGGACCCACCUUCCCUGGGCUCUCCCUCUCUUUUACAUUUGCAUGGUCCUUCCCUAUUGGGGUGGCCAAAACUUUGUGCUGGGUCAGGGUUCAAAUACGCUCGACUCCUUACCCUGGCCACCAAGCUGACUUUGGCCAUUCAAGUCUCAGGCUGCUCCCAUCUCCCACCUCCGUCAACUUGCAAAGCAAGCAAAUCAGAGAAGGCCGCCUCAGCUGAGCUAGAGAUCCUAGCAAUUUAGCACAGACCCCGGUCUCCUCCCCGCUCCGCGCUCUUACAGGUUUCUCCCCUUCCAGGCGUCUUUCAGAGAGGAUCGCUCCCCUCCAUGAUUCAGCAGGAGCCUCAGCAACACUCAUCCCAACCCCCAAGCAGAGCCCGCGCUAUCCAACAUCUGCCCUCGGGGCUUGGGGCAGUCCCAAGCGCGGCGCUCCUGGAGCCUGAGAUAACUUGGAGUGACCGGUCUGGCAGAGACAGUCCGACGGGAGGUCAGGACUCCAGCCCUGCCUGGCACGGACAGCCACAGUCCCCGGAGCAAAGCAGCGCCCUAAGCAGGCAGCUCCCCUCGACGGUGUUUGGGGAGAAGAAAGUUUGCGCAGUGCAGCCAUGGGCGCACAGCAGCUAACCAGGACCUUCGUGGUGUGGGACUACUUGGUGUUCGCGGGAAUGCUGUCCAUCUCCGCAGCCAUAGGCGUUUAUUAUGCCUUCUGCCGUGGCGGCCAGACCCAGAAGGACUUUCUGAUGGGCGGCCGGAAGAUGACGGCGCUCCCCGUGGCACUGUCCCUCACUUCCAGUUUCAUGUCCGCCAUCACAAUCUUGGGUAUCCCCUCCGAGAUCUAUCGCUUCGGGGCCAUAUUCUCCAUGUAUGGGUUCUCCUAUAUCAUCAUGGUCGUCAUCACCUCGGAAGUCUUCCUUCCAGUCUUCUACAAACUGGGAAUUACCAGCACCUACGAGUAUCUAGAGCUUCGUUUUAACAAACGCAUCCGCCUCUGUGGAACCGCUCUGUUUAUCCUUCAAACGGUUCUGUACAUGGGAGUUGUCAUUUAUGCUCCGGCACUUGCUAUGAAUCAAGCCACAGGUCUCAAUUUGUGGGGCACAAUCAUUACCACAGGAGUAAUCUGUACCUUCUACAGCUCAAUGGGUGGAUUCAAAGCUGUUGUCUGGAUACAUGUUUUCCAAGUUGGAAUCAAGAUGGCUGGAUUUUUUUCUGUGAUCAUACAGGGUACUGUGGUUCAAGGUGGAAUCAGCAAUAUCCUAAAUGAUUCCUAUCAUGGAGGAAGAUUGAACUUCUGGGACUUCAAUCCCAAUCCUCUUCAAAGAUACACCUUCUGGACCAUCAUCAUUGGUGGGUCCAUCACAUGGCUCACCGUCUUUGGCAUCAGUCCAGCUCAAGUGCAGAGGUACAAUGCCUGCAAAAGCCGUUUCCAUGCGAAAAUGUCCCUUUACAUAAAUCUUAUAGGAUGCUGGGGAAUUCUUGCCUGUACAACGUUGUGUGGUCUUGUCCUUUAUUCAAGAUACCAUGAAUGUGAUCCUUGGACAUCAAAGAAAGUGUCAGCACCAGACCAACUCAUGCCCUAUUUAGCACUGGACAUUCUGCAAGAUUUUCCGGGACUCCCAGGACUCUUUGUGGCAUGUAUAUAUAGUGCAACACUGAGCACUGUGUCGGCCAGUGUCAAUGCCUUAGCUGCAGUCACGAUCUCGGACCUCAUCAAACCUCACUUCCCAUCACUCUCGGAAAAGACUCUGUCUCAGCUUUGUAAAGUGACAAGUAUGCUGUAUGGAGCCCUGUGCAUUGGAAUGGCAGCUUUGGCAUCACUUAUGGGAGCUUUGUUACAGGUGGUGCUCAGUAUCUUUGGCAUCAUUGGUGGACCCCUUUUGGGUUUGUUUUCUUUGGGCAUCCUGGUCCCCUUUGCCAACUCAAUGGGGGCAUUGGUAGGGCUCACUACAGGAUUUGCCAUUUCCCUUUGGGUUGGAAUUGGAGCUCAGCUUUAUCCUCCCCUUCCAGAGAGAAAUUUACCAUUGAGCCUCAUUACAGAUGGUUGUAAUGUAACCAGCUUCCACCACCAGAGGAACUGGAACGCAACUACAGGAACACCAUUUUCUCCAAAUGCUUUUCAAGUUCAUAGUGCUGAAAGAACUCCCCUAAUGGAUAAUUGGUAUUCCUUAUCAUUCCUGUACUUCAGCACCGUUGGAAUGUUGGUCACUCUACUUGUGGGAAUAAUUGUUAGCCUCCUGACAGGAGGAAGGAAACAGAGCAUUGAUGACAGAUUCCUGCUAACCAAAGAAGACUUUUUAUCUAACUUUGAUUUUUUCAAGAAGGAGAAACUAGUUUUAAACCAGACUCUUUAUGUGAUAGAAAAUGAUGGAACUAAAAUGACUGACUUCAAUCAAGCAAUCAAUCAACCAACACAAAGUGUUUAAGGGUCAACUAUAGUUAGGUCCCUAUUAGUGUGAAUAAUGAAUCUGUGAAGUGGUCACAUUAUUUGAAUCUUUAUUGCAGAUUUCCAAUGGGCUGGAACCAAUAAGCAUAUUUUACAUAUAAUUAUAACUUUGAAUAGUGCCAAAUCGAACACAGUUAUCCCUUCCACAUCAUGGCUUUCUCCAUCAUGGUUUUGAUGUAUCACUGGUUGACAUAAGAAAUUAAAUGGGAAUUUUUGGAGAGUUUUGUGGAAGCUACAGAUGACACACAAAGGUCAGCAGAUGUCACAGAAAAGCUUAGAAACUCAGAAAUGCAUAAAAUAUAUGUGUUGUAUUGUAGAAUAUCAGUAUGUUUUCUCUUUUAAUACCAUAAUAAUUCAGACUUCUUUGGUAUGAAGGGAUUAUGUGGAUUUUCCAGAUUUCAAGGGCGCCAUGCCUCUUAACCCCUGCGAUAUGGAAGGGAUAACUGUAAUGCUGCAUAGGAGUCAUUAUUCACAUUAAUUGAGAGCUAGCUGCCAGACAGAUUCCUCACAGACAAGUCAAUUUGUGAGGAUAUUCAAGGUACUAGUAUGCAAAGACAAAUGUGAAUCAGCCCUGCUCUCAAGGAAGCUCCAGCCUUCAACUACAUCAAAAUGAACUUUGUAGAGGAUGGUGGAGAAAACCAUGGGCUACACUUUUGAGAAGGCUCUUACACCAGGUAGACAAGCAUCUAUGUUCCAGGCACUGUGUACAGUGCUUUUUAAAGAGAAAAAGAAAACAGUGCUUGCUUUGAAGGAUCUUAUAUUCUUUUGAAAUGAAGAAUAUACUCACAUAUGGAUUGUGCAAUGUCUGUUAUUUAUGUAAUUAUGGAAUUGAUGCUUUUAAAAAGUAGUAUAGGAUGAAGGGGAAACUGGGUUUGAGUUUUUGACAGUUCCUAGCUGUGUAAAAAUUACUCAAAUGUUCUGACCCUCAGUUUCUUCAUCUGUAAAAUGAAGAUAUUAUAAU